CACUAUUUUCUAAAAGUGUAUUACCCAGCGACAUUAUUUACAAACUGGAGCAGCUGAGAGCAGGUCGCUUCUGAGAUUGUGUAAACUUGUGAAGUGGAACAUCUGCCGAGGUGCAUCAUGUCCCAACAGGUUCAGCAGGUAGUUGGUGGGCAGGUCAUGCAAGGUCAGAUGGUUCAAGUGCAAGGUCAAGUCGUUUCGGGCACACAAGUUGUUAACAGUGCAGGUCAAGUGGUGAUGUCAACUGCCUCUGGCCUGACAAGCAUUAGUGGUCAACAGUUGGUAACACAGUUGGUGCCAGGUCAGACUAUGCAAGGCCAGGUGGUACACCAAGCCACAGCCCCACUUGGUGUUGCUACAACUCUUGCUUCUGGCCUCACUCAGGGACAGGUUGUCAAUGCACAAACUGUGACGGGUGUGCAACAAGUGGUACAAGGCCAGCAGAUACAAACAGUAAACAGUCAGGUAGCUCAGCCAAACAUGGUCGCAGCAGCUACAGCCACGCAGGUUAAGACAACAGGCCCCAACCAGGCAGUCCCAGUUCCAGCUGCAUCCACCAAUGCCACAGCUGAUACCACAGCACCAGUUCUUAACAAACAGAGAAUUACCGAAUUGGUCAGAGAAGUUGAUCCCAAUGAACAGCUAGAAGAAGAAGUGGAAGAAAUGCUUUUGUCCAUUGCUGAUGAUUUUAUAGAGUCAACUGUCAAUGCAGCAUGUCGUCUGGCAAAGCACAGAGGAGCUCGUGCUCUUGAUGUUAAGGAUGUUCAAAUGUAUUUAGAACGUAAUUGGCACAUGUGGAUACCAGGGUUUGGUACAGAUGAGCUACGUCCGUACAAGAGAGCACCCACAACAGAAGCUCACAAGCAGCGGCUUGCUCUCAUUAGGAAAGCAAUAAAGAAAUAUUAAGGUACCAAAUAAAAUCUGUAAUUUUAUUUCUAUUCCUAGGUUAGCAUAUGGCUGUGUGAAUGUAUAAAAUGUCUUGUAUUUUGUAAUGUGAAUGGUAUGUGAUCAGGUUAGUGUGAGAUAUGAAGUUUGAUUGGUGUGUUCUUACUGCUUACAGUAUGUUUAGCAAGUGUAAGAAUGUAGUUUAUUUCAAAGCAUAUGUGAGUAGUAUGAAAUUUAGAAUUGGUUUAUGAAUUGUGGGAUGACAAGUAUGUGGUAUAUGGUACUGUAUUGUAUUGAUCCAUUCAGUAUAGACUAUAUUUGUUUAGAGUAGAGCUCUAUAACAUUUAAUCAUUCUAGGAUACAAAAUUCUAAUGAUCUUUCUGUUUUCAAACAGACCUAGGAACUACUAAAUCUAAUACAUUUUUUUCUAGUUUUAAUUUUUCACAUUGAUUUUUCAGAAUGAUUAAACUUGGGAGUUGUCUAUAACAUUGCUUCAUAAUGUUCAAAAAGUUAAUCAUACAUUUACUAAAUAAAUUUUGUGUAAUUUAUAAAGAAAUAAGAUUGCACGUAAAAUUUGAAAAAUGUAGAUUAACGGUUUUAAUGAACUUUUUUAACAAAUCUCUCAUUUGUUUUAUUAUUGUAUGUCCAUCCAGUAAUUGGUAUAGAUAUUCUGACACGAUAGACAUUAAAUAUUUGGAUUGGGUAUCGGAUCCACCACAAGGCCUGGUCUCAGACUGGGCCACAGGGGCGUUGACCCCCGAAACCCUCUCCAUGUAUCUCUAGGUAUUACAACAUUUAUUUGGAAAUAUUAAUGCCCAUAGAAGGGUCAUAUAGUGAUUGAGGAUUGGGAGGUAGUAGUCUCAUCCAAGGAAAGGAGGGUAGCUCUCCACUGGCAUUUACCUUGAAAGAUAGGGAUCAUAGCAAGACAUUAAAGCUACCAUAUACACUUGUGUGAAUGUAGAUGUGUGCUAUGCCUUAGGUAAAAGGCCUUGCAUGUGAAAACCAAUCAUCAGAUGACAGUUGAAGACUACAAAUUAAUUUCAUCAUUACAGUUGUUGGUUAGGUAAAUGUCUGGCUUCUACUGUCAUGACUCAUUGUAAUCACAGUCCUUGAGAAAGUUGCCAAAAAAUCAAAAUAUCAUCAUUAAUAGUGAUAAUUUUUAUAGGGUUGAAAUAAUCUUCAAAGAAAAUUUGCAUUGUACAAUAAUUAUUCUAUAAUUUGCAUUUAUUGUUUUAGGAACAUGUAUAUGGUGUGUAGAAUAGCCACCAGGUAAAAAACAUAGACCCCAAGCACUUUGGUUGUGAUGUUCAUUAUCUCAUCAAGGAACAGUUUCUUAUUUUUGUAGAGUCAUACAGUGCCUGACAAAUGGGAUUUAACCCUUUCAUUGUCUGUCACGUUGAAUUACAUAUUGAUUCCAGGGUUCGUUGCAUGUCAUGAGCUCAGCUCAUUCAGAUAAGCUGUGAGCAGUAAAUUUUGGCCUGUGCCUGUGUGGGGAGUGCACAGUAUAAACACAUUCUGUCUUCUGCAAUGCAUGAUGCAGAAAGCACAGCUCUGUCCAUGUGUUUAGUGUAAUAUAGUAACUUGGAGGUGUUUUUAAGAUGGUUUUAUUGACUCUUUCUUGGUAUCAUUUGAUAGAAUAGAAUAUAUUAGAUAUACUACUGAAUAGAGAUGAUUUUGGUUGGUUCUGGGACUGAAAGUAGCUUGAAAUCAGUCUCAAAUUAGUGGAAAUAUUAGAUUUGGCUGGAUAUCCUGAGGAAGGGUAAGGCCCCCCUUACACCUCCCGAGCUGUUUUAUGGGUUUUUACUAGGUCUGACUCGCAUGUUGGGGUUCUGUAAAUCAUGACCAGUCAUUCCUGGUUAUACUUUAUUAUCUGAGAAAUGGGGUAAAUCUUCAAUUUUGUAAUGAUGAAUUAAAAAUGGAAGGCCUGGGGACAUGAUUAAUGGAGAGAGGAAAUGUUUUCAUGCCUGGAAUGUCUAGUGUUUAUUUUACUUUCAAUUGGAAUUUUUUAAUUGUGUAAAAUUGGCCAAAUUAACAACUUCUGUGCACUCUAUUGAGUAGUGGGUGGUUUCUUGUGCUAAGUUGAUAGAAUGGAAGGCAUAUUAACGAAAAAGCUAAGAAUUUGGUUGAAUUGAAUAAUGUUAAUUGGCUUAAAAUAGGACUCGUUUGGCAAAUUGCCAGUGCAUAAAUUGCGCUCAGACCACUUAACUUUUGGCUUGCAUAAUUCCAAAGUUUUCCCAUCAAAUUAAGUAUUUUUGGUGUCAUUACCUUCAGAAAAAGAAUAUCAUUUCAGAUUUUUUAAAAUGUGAACACUAAGCAUUUAAUUCUGGGGUCUGGACAGUGAAAGAGUUAAUCAGAAUUGAUCUAAAGAAGAGAAGGUAAACUCCAAGUUCCUUGGAUCAAGCUCUUCAGCAUCUGGAUGCCCCCUUCCCCUUCCCUUGAAGGGACAAAGUUCCUUAGUCCUUGAUGUUUUGAUAAUGUACAUUAAAAUGCCCUUUCUUCAGUUUAUUUGCUUACUUAAACAGCCAUGAAAAGUAAAUUGUAAAAAUACAAAUUACAGAAUGUACCUAGCUGCUAUUGUUAUUUUUUGUUAGGGGACUUUUAUUCAUUAUUUACACUGAGGUUAAUUAAAAAUACCAAUUUA